AUGAUGAACGGUUUCUACAAAAAAAAAAAAAUUGUACGAGCCCAUCCCGCCCCCGACUUUGACUUGGCAACCGAUGCGUGGCCUUGCGACUACACUCCGAUCCGAACCGAUCUACACCCAAGAUGGCAGGCCGUGCUGAAGGUACCAUCGACGCACAAUGCGCAAGUCAAGCCGAGGACGUUGACGCUCGCGAACCUUCUCGCUCUUCCGAUCAAGUUGCACACCCUUCACUACCUACCGGGAGCACCAGCUGUGUCGCGACCACCCUACGACGCCGACUAUGCUGCGUUUGCCAUUUACGCCAAGGUAGCGGACCUGUUUCGACGCGAGCUGUACCCGGGCGGGGGCUUUCAUCUCUGGACGCCGCCGACGGAUGUGGUCGUCAGCAACAGCGAAUACGAUCAACGGGGCCGCCCACAACGAGAGCACAUCGUGGCAUGGUACCGACAUGCGAUCAAUCGAUUGAGGUUCACACCAAUAGCUCAACCGGUGGCGGCAGUACGAAUCAACGGGCCUCCCCGAGUCCGCCCCACCACGCCGCUCGAGUCGAUCCUGCCCCAUCCGAUCGACCCGCCGCAGCGCCUUCCGAGACCGGCUCUCCCAGACCAAUCAACACAAUACAACUUGCUCAGCAUGGAUCGGCCAUACACCAUCCGUCGCGUCCGCCGAGUCUUGAAUGCAAAGGCCUUCACCGACACGAUCGGUUUCAGGGACUCGCUGCAGCCCGACGAUCUCAAGGGAUUCUGGAAGGGGGUCAACUCGAAGGCAUUGACGGCGAGGGAACGCGAGGUGUGGUUCAAGCUCGUCAGGAACUUCACCCCGACUCGGAGUCUGCAGUUUCAUCAAAAGCACGACGACUCGCCCGCGUGCCUCGUCUGUGGAGCGCCCAAGGACGAUCGGGAGCACUACUUCUUCGACUGCGUUGACUCUAGGAACGUUUGGAUCGCGGCAAGGGGCGUGCUCUGCGACGCACUGGGGCUCGACACGAUCGACAACACGCAUUACACGGCCGUUCAACGCAUGUUCGGACUUCCGAAGCUCAAGGCCAGUCUGCGCGAUCAGGAAGGAGCGGGGAGGACGAUCGAAAUAUUCACCGGGCUGGUCUUGGAGAUGAUCAGCAGCGGGAGGUGGGGGACGCAGAAGUGGGGGACGAGGCUGGAGGGUGUUGGGAGGAGGAGGAUCAUCUUGGAGGAGAGGUUGAAGCUGAGGGCGGGAGGAGCUUGGGGGAGGAGAGGGCAGUAG